AUGACCACCAUUGACGAGAAAGAGAUGUCAGGAACGCAACAUGUCCACAGCGUCGACGAUGAUCUCCAAAAGGGACCAGCUGUCAAGGAAGCAGCAGUGCAUUCUGUUGCACUUACGGAAGCCAUCGAAGCUCAGAAGCCCAGACUUUUGAGUCGGUCUAUGAUUCAGCUGUAUGCUAUCAUGGGCAUCGGUUAUCUGGUCUCGACGAUGAAUGGCUUCGACAGUUCUCUGAUGGGCUCGAUCAACGCCAUGAAGAGCUAUCAAGAGACGUUCGGACUAAACGGCGCUGGUAGCACCACUGGAAUCAUCUUCAUCAUCUAUAACUGCGGGCAGAUUGCCGCCUUCCCAUUCUGUGGCUUCCUGGCAGAUGGCUAUGGUCGCCGGGUCUGCAUUUUCGUGGGAUGCCUUCUGGUUUUGGUCGGGACUGCGGUGCAGACAACUGCUCACACCAUGGGCCAGUUCAUCGGUGGUCGUUUCCUUCUAGGCUUUGGAGCCAGUAUCGCAUCGGCUGCUGGACCUGCGUAUACCGUCGAGCUGGCUCAUCCGGCAUAUCGAGGCACAAUGGCAGGGUUCUAUAACAACUUCUGGUGGCUGGGUAAUAUCUUGGCAGGCUGGACCACAUAUGGCACAGAGCUUCAUUUCCCUGACUCCUCUUGGUCUUGGAGGACCCCCACGCUGGUUCAAUGUGGUAUGCCAUCAGUAGUCAUGGCAUUGAUCAUGUUCUUCCCAGAAUCUCCCCGAUGGCUGCUGAUGAAGGAUCGACGAGAAGACGCCAUAAAGGUCCUAGCAAAGUACCAUGGCGAUAACGACCCCAAUGCCCCCAUCGUCCAACUGCAGCUCCACGAGAUCAGCGAGGACAUGGCAGUCACACGAAACGACAACCCCUGGUGGGAUUUCAGAGAACUGGCCAACACCCGCCAAGCACGUUACAGAUUGUACAUGGUCAUCGCCAUGGCAUUCUUCGGACAGUGGUCCGGCAACAACGUGGUCAACUACUUCAUGCCGCAGAUGGUGGCAAACGCCGGAAUCCACGACACAUCGAAACAACUCCUCAUCAACGCCAUCAAUCCUAUCUUCAGCAUGCUUGGCGCUAUGUACGGAGCUACUCUGUUAGACCGUCUCGGAAGAAGAGUGAUGCUUCUCGCCGGUCUCGCCGGUGGCCUCGUCUCCUACGUCCUCCUCACCGCCUUCACAGCCGCAUCCGAAACCAAAUCGAAUCUAGCCUACGGCACGAUCGUCUCCAUCUACCUCUUCGGCAUCUGCUUCGCCUGGGGCUGGACACCACUCCAGACUCUAUACGCCGUCGAAUGUCUCGAGAACCGAACACGCGCCAAGGGCAGUGGUCUCAACUUCUUGUUCUUGAAUGUCGCCAUGGUGGUCAAUACGUACGGCAUCUCGGUUGGCAUCGCGACAAUUGGAUGGAAGCUGUAUUUGGUGUAUAUUGGCUGGAUUUGCGUGGAGUUGGUUAUUGUUUACUUUUUUUUCGUGGAGACGGCGGGUAAGACGUUGGAGGAGUUGAAGGAGAUUUUUGAGGCGAGGAAUCCGAGGAAGGCGUCGACCAGGAAGGUUAUGGUGGAGAUGGAUGAUGCUGGGAGGGUGGUGCAUGUUGAGUAG